AUGCCAUCACAUACGUUUACAGUGAAUACAGAAGAGUACAGACCAGCAGAGUGGGAUGAUGAAGAUUUUUGUAUAAAGGUCCCCAGAACGAGUCGAGAAAACCAGCAGCUGAAAUAUGGGCAUGUUGAAGAUGACAACGUUGACAUAGCAUAUCUGAAUUUUCCAAUUCUUCGAGCCAGUUUAAUAUUCACUUUUAUUUCACUGACAGCAUUUAUAAUUGCCGUCUGUGCCGCAUUUCAAACAAAUUACACACCAUUACAUGACACAGAACUCAUUGACAACUCAAUUAUUAUUAUGUACGGGGCAAAAGUUUUUCGAUGUAGGACAUUUCUAAAAUAUCCUGAGGAUGGUCUACUAUCAAUAUUAAACCUACUCGAACUGAAUGUGUGGGGCAAUGUUAUAUUCCGUCUUGCCACGUGCUUAACGAUUGCUGUUCGUUUUUUCCACAGUAUUGUUUUCAGAAAUCUCUUACUAAAUGGGUUUUGGAGAGAUGUUCCUAAUCCGAUAUUUCGUUGGCUUUGUGACUUGAUGCCAAUGAUUACUUUAAUUGAAACAAGUGCACUUGCAAUGUUUAGUGUUAUUACAAUGCAUAGUGAUUUCAAAGAAAUCAACCAUUUCUGCAAGUCAACCUUCGCAAUUGUAUCCGUAGUCAAUAUGUGUAUACCAACAGUAUUUCAUUUCAUUUUAUCCAUAAAUAGUUCAAAACGCUCAGAAGCUAGUGUAGUCUUCAUCAGAGCAGUCUGCACAAUAGUAUUUGGUUAUUGUGCUCCACAGUAUUUUCAGUUUCACAUUGGAUGGACAAAAGAGUCAUUAUGCCACUCAUACAUCCCCCGACACUUUGCCAUCAUGGAAUACAGUCUACUUCUGGCCUACAUCACAUUCCAUCUACUGGCACUAAAAGAUCUCUACGGCCUACAAUUUAUCUGUUAUCCACGAUCAUGUAGUGGUGAAUGUGAGCCUCUGAAGCCAUGCAAUUAUGAAAAAGGAGAGAAAUACGAGCACUGUCGAGCAUUUGAACACAAUCAAUGGAGGCUGAGAAAUAAUUAUAAAUUUUAA